AUGGCUGCCCCCAACAUUGCCAGCCGCCGCGGCGUGUACCGCCAGUAUGACCAUCAAGUGCAGACUAACACUGUGGUUGCGCCGGGCGCAGGUGAUGCCGCAGUUCUCCGCAUCAAAGGAACCGACCGCGCCAUUGCGGUAGCCAUCGACGGCAACGGUCGGCAGUGCUACCUGGACCCUUAUCGGGGCGGGCAGAUGGUGGUUGCCGAAGUCACCCGCAAUCUGUCCUGCACUGGCGCCGAACCGCUGGCGCUGACCGAUUGUCUGAAUUUCGGCAAUCCGGAACGACCGGAGGUGUAUUUCCAGCUGGAGCAGUGCAUCCGCGGGAUGGCGCGGGCUUGCCGUGCUUUGCAGGUUCCGGUGGUUAGCGGAAACGUGAGCCUGUACAACGAAAGCCAGGGCACGGCGAUUUUUCCCACCCCCAUUGUGGGUGGGUUGGGGCUGCUGGAGGAUGCAACACGACAUUGCCAGUCGGGAUUCCCGGCGGACGGGCUGGCCGUGGCGCUGUUGGGCGCAGAUGGGUUGACGGCGCGGGCGUCUGACCUGGCCGGCAGCGAAUAUCUGAACACUUUGUACGGGAUGGUGCGAGGUCGACCCCGCAUCGAUCUCGCGCUGGAACGGCGCGUGCAGGGGCUGUGCCGCCGCCUGAUUGCCGACCGCACGGCUCUGUCGGCGCACGAUUGUUCCGACGGCGGUUUGGCGGUGGCUUUGGCCGAGUGCGCAAUUAUCGGGGCCAGUCGAAUUGAGCAUGGCCCGGUGACUGGUUUCACCGCAACGACCGAACUGGUGGAUGGACUGCCGCGCCGGUGGGAUGCGGCGUUGUUCGGCGAGGCCAGUUCUCGCAUCGUGGUAACCGUUGCGCCGGAGCGGUUGGCGGACCUGAUGAGCGCCGCCCGCGAAGCCGACGUCCCGCGCUGCUACUGGGCGCGACCGGUGGCACGCGCCUGCAGAUUGGCAACCUGGUGGACCUGCCGGUAG